AUGAUGAAUAGCAACAAAAAAUCCCCUACUCUUCUGUCAGUCACAUUAGUUUGUGUUUUUGUUUUAAGCCAAAAAAGUGUAAAUUGUCAGCAAGAAUAUACUGUGCAUGUAAUCAAUCAAAUUUCCAGUGAAUCUGUUACCAUUCACUGUCAGUCCAAGGAUGAUGAUCUUGGAUCACAGACGCUUGCAGCUAACGGCGGAGAAUUUCAUUGGACGUUUAAAGUAAACGUUCCACUAACUACGCUCUAUAGUUGUGAUGCCACCUCUAGUAAAGGUCAUGCUCAUUUUGAUGCAUUUCAUGUUGAUGCUGGCUUUCUAAAUAAAUGUGAUGGUCACAAAGACUGUACUUGGCAUGCUCUAGAUAAUGGAAUUAACUUGUAUAAUGCGCCUGCUAAAGCCGAUGAGCUAGUCGCCAAAUGGGAGAGCUAA